AUGGGCCUCAGUGCCUCAGAGACAGAUCUGCUGCAGCACGGCCCUGUCCAUGGGCCUCAGUGCCCUCAGAGACAGAUCUGCUGCAGCACGGCCCGGUCCAUGGGCCUCAGUGGCUCAGAGACAGAUCUGCUGCAUCACGGCCUCACCCACAGCCGCCGUCCCCUCAGAAAGCAAACCCGCCCAACAGAGCCUCGGCCCGGCUGCAGGCCCUGCAGGGUGUUCCUGCUCCGCUGGGGGUUUAUCCAUGGCCACGCACUUCCAGGUGCUCCAGCACGGCCUCAUGAGCAGCCCCCGGUGCUUCAAGCUGUACCUGCUGCAGCACGGGCCUGUCCUUGGGCCCCGAGCCUUCAGGGCUGCCCCUGCUGUGGCACGGACAGCCCCGGCCACGGGCACUUCCAGACGUGCCCGCUCCACUGUGGACUUUUCCGUGGCCAGAAACUGUCCCAGACGUACCUGUGCCACCGUGGAGCCACCCCAGGGCACCGUCCCUGUGGCUCGAGCGCACAGCGGAGCUGCAGCGUGUCCGGGACAGCGGCACAGGAGCAGCAGCGCCAGGUCCGGGACUGCCGCUUGACCAGCCUCCUGGAUCUGGCCUUGGAGAAGGACUAUGUGCGCUCAAAGAUUGCAGAGUACCUGAACUAUCUCAUUGACAUUGGUGUAGCAGGAUUCCGACUUGAUGCUGCCAAGCACAUGUGGCCUGGGGACAUAAAAGCAUUUCUGGACAAGCUGAAUAAUCUAAAUACUCGAUGGUUUUCUGAAGGAACUAAACCUUUCAUAUACCAGGAGGUAAUUGACUUGGGUGGAGAGCCCAUCAAAGGCAGCGAAUACUUUGGAAAUGGCCGAGUGACAGAAUUCAAAUACGGUGCCAAGCUGGGGACAGUGAUCCGCAAGUGGAACGGAGAAAAGAUGGCCUACUUAAAGAACUGGGGAGAAGGCUGGGGCUUUGUGCCUUCCGACAGAGCCCUGGUCUUUGUGGAUAACCACGACAACCAGAGAGGACACGGGGCUGGUGGAGCUUCUAUUCUCACCUUCUGGGAUGCCAGGCUCUAUAAAAUGGCGUCUGGUUUCAUGCUUGCCCACCCGUACGGGUUCACCCGUGUGAUGUCAAGUUUCCGCUGGCCAAGAUAUUUUGAAAAUGGAAAGGAUAUCAAUGACUGGGUUGGGCCCCCAAGUAACGCGGAUGGCUCCACAAAGCCUGUUACAAUCAACGAGGACACGACCUGCGGCAACAACUGGGUUUGUGAACAUCGCUGGCGUCAGAUCAGGAACAUGGUUAUCUUCCGUAACGUGGUGGAUGGUGAGCCUUUCUCCAACUGGUGGGACAAUGGCAGCAAUCAAGUGGCUUUUGGCCGUGGUAAUAAAGGCUUCAUCAUCUUCAAUAAUGAUGACUGGUCCUUGAAUGUAUCUCUGCAGACCGGUCUGCCUGCUGGCACUUACUGUGAUGUCAUUUCUGGGCAAAAGGAAGGUGACUUCUGUACAGCAGUUGAAGUUCAUGUUGCUGCUGAUGGCAUGGCUAAUUUCCUGAUUGGGAAUGAAGAUGAAGACCCAUUCAUUGCCAUUCAUGUUGAUGCUAAAUUGUAACCAGAUGUGUUGUGCAUGUGCUCUUCCUUCUCCUCUGUAUCUUUGUUAACAGCAGACAGAUGUGCCGAAUGUCCUGGCUCUCCACACUGCAUGAGCCAAGACUGAGCAAAGUGUGUUAGCUGUAACACUAAUGAAAUAGUGAACAGCUGCUGUACAGAGAACUGGUGGUGCCAAUGCAGAUCUGGGGGUGGUGCUAUAUAUCUGUGCAUUUGGAAGUGCAAUUUAUUCAGUUAAGGUACUAAUAAAAAAUGGAAGGAGAAGAUUGACAUUAUUAAAUUUAAAAUCACGCUGUUCUGUGCAUAAGUGGAAAUGUAGUUCUCUUUAGGGGCAAGCAGGAUUGGGAAUCGACAGGCUAUCCAUAAACCAAGAGAAGACCCCUUUGUGCUGAAACAUGUCACAUUCAAGUUGAUAAAAAGUUAUAUCAGUUGAAGAUGUACUUCUUCUGUUGGUCUGUACAUUCUUUCUAUCUGGUGAAUAAAAAAUGGCAUUGAGAUCAA